AUGAACUUCCUGAAUAUGAAAGGCGCCCUGCACUUCAGAGGCCGCACCGUCCUCUGUGCUCUGAUUGGCCUGCUCAUCUGCAAAGCCUCCGCUCAGCCUACAGAGGCUCCAGCCGACCUGCAGGCAGAGCUGUCGUCUCUGAGGCAGACUCUCAGCUAUGUGAUGAAUCGCUACAGGCUGCUGUGUGACCACUACACCAACAUGGCAUCCAACUGCUCAGCUCCCGUGCUGAGCUGCAGCGCGUGUCCUGCAGGGUGGCUUCACGUGGAGGACAAAUGCUUUUCACUCAGUGAGGAGAGGCUGGACUAUGAGAAUAGUACAGCAAGAUGUAAGGAGAUGGGCAGCCACCUUGCCAUCGUGGAGACCAAAGAACAGCAUGAGGCCCUGGAAAAAGAAGCCAGAAAGUUUGGGAAUUUUUUUACAUACUACUGGAUUGGUCUGACCGACAUUGAGAAUGAAGGCGUGUGGAAAUGGGUGGACAAUACAACGCUUAAGAAUCCAUUUUGGGCCGAAGAGUCCCACCAGCCAGACAACUUUAAUAAUACGGAGCACUGUGUGGUGCUGGAAAGCUCCAACCAUAAGUGGUCCGACGUCCCCUGCAACUUCAUCUAUCCCCGAAUCUGUGAGAUGGAUGCCUUCCUGCUCUGA